AUGACAUUUAAUUUACAGUCUCUGCCUGCGGCUCUCUCUGUCUGCCACUCUCUCUCUCUCGCUCUGUACGUUUAUUGUCUCUCUCUCUCUCGCUCUCUGUACGUUUAUUGUCUCUCUCUCUCUCUCUCUCUGUACGUUUAUUGUCUCUCUCUCUCUCUCUCUGUACGUUUAUUGUCUCUCUCUCUCUCUCGCUCUCUGUACGUUUAUUGUCUCUCUCUCUCUCUCGCUCUCUGUACGUUUAUUGUCUCUCUCUCGCUCUCUGUACUUUUAUUGUCUCUCUCUCGCUCGCUCUCUGUACGUUUAUUGUCUCUCUCUCUCUCGCUCUCUGUAUGUUUGUCUCUCUCUCUCUCGCUCUCUGUAUGUUUGUCUCUCUCUCUCUCGCUCUCUGUAUGUUUGUCUCUCUCUCUCUCUCUCUCUCUCUGUAUGUUUGUCUCUCUCUCUCGCUCUCUGUAUGUUUGUCUCUCUCUCUCGCUCUCUGUAUGUUUGUCUCUCUCUCUCGCUCUGUAUGUUUGUCUCUCUCUCUCGCUCUGUAUGUUUGUCUCUCUCUCUCUCUCUCUCUCUGUAUGUUUCUCUCUCUCUCUCUCUCGCUCUCUGUAUGUUUGUCUCUCUCUCUCUCUCGCUCUCUGUAUUUUUGUCUCUCUCUCUCUCUCGCUCUCUGUAUGUUUGUCUCUCUCUCUCUCUCUCUCUCUGUUUUGUCUCUCUCUCUCUCUCUCUCUGUUUGUUUGUCUCUCUCUCUGUAUGUUUGUCUCUCUCUCUCUGUAUGUUUGUCUCUCGCUCUCUGUAUGUUUGUCUCUCGCUCUCUGUAUGUUUGUCUCUCGCUCUCUGUAUGUUUGUCUCUCUCUCUCUCUCGCUCUCUGUAUGUUUGUCUCUCGCUCUCUGUAUGUUUGUCUCUCGCUCUCUGUAUGUUUGUCUCUCGCUCUCUGUAUGUUUGUCUCUCGCUCUCUGUAUGUUUGUCUCUCGCUCUCUGUUGUUUGUCUCUCUCUCUCUCUCUCUCUCUCUCUCUGUAUGUUUGUCUCUCUCUCUCGCUCUCUGUAUGUUUGUCUCUCUCUCUCUCUCGCUCUCUGUAUGUUGUCUCUCGCUCUCUGUAUGUUUGUCUCUCUCUCUCUCUCUCUCUGUAUGUUUGUCUCUCUCUCUGUAUGUUUGUCUCUCUCUCUGUAUGUUUGUCUCUCGCUCUCUGUAUGUUUGUCUCUCGCUCUCUGUAUGUUUGUCUCUCUCUCUCUGUAUGUUUGUCUCUCUCUCUCUGUAUGUUUGUCUCUCUCUCUGUAUGUUUGUCUCUCUCUCUCUGUAUGUUUGUCUCUCGCUCUCGCUCUCUGUAUGUUUGUCUCUCUCUGUAUGUUUGUCUCUCUCUCUCGCUCUCUCUCUGUAUGUUUGUCUCUCGCUCUCUCUCUCUGUAUGUUUGUCUCUCUCUCUCUCUGUAUGUUUGUCUCUCUCGCUCUCUGUAUGUUUGUCUCUCUCGCUCUCGCUCUGUUUUGUGUGUGUCUCGCGCGCUGUGCCUCUUCUGUUUCUCUCUCUCUACGUUUGCCUCUUCUGUUUCUCUCUAUCUCUCUCUCUCUACGUUUGCCUCUCUCUCUCUCUACGUUUGCCUCUCUCUCUCUCUCUACGUUUGCCUCUCUCUCUCUCUCUCCGUUUGCUCUCUCUCUCUCUCUACGUUUGCCUCUCUCUCUCUCUACGUUUGCCUCUCUCUCUCUCUACGUUUGCCUCUUCUGUUUCUCUCUAUCUCUCUCUCUACGUUUUGCCUCUCUCUCUACGUUUUGCCUCUCUCUCUCCGUUUUGCCUCUCUCUCUACGUUUUGCCUCUCUCUCUCUCUCCUCUCUCUCUCUACGUUUGCCUCUCUCUCUCUCUUUGCUCUCUCUCUCUCUCUACGCCUCUCUCUCUCUCUCUCUCUCUCUACGUUUGCCUCUCUCUCUCUCUCUCUCUCUACGUUUGCCUCUCUCUCUCUCUCUCUCGUUUGCCUCUCUCUCUCUCUACAUUCCACCCGUAUUCUGCUACCCCCCUCCCGCCAACCCCAGUUAUCUUCCUCGCCUUAUCUUACAGCGCAACAUUCAGUCCCUGUCGCAUAGCAACCAUACAUCCAUUUUGAUGAAAUUGGAGAUUGCUGGAACAGCAGGAGUAAUGCAGUCAUUCGUUUAUUCAGUCAUUCAUUUAUUCAGUCAGUCAUUCAUUUAUUUAUUCAGUCAUUUAUUUAUUCAGUCAUUUAUUUAUUCAGUCAUUUAUUUAUUCAGUCAUUUAUUUAUUUAUUCAGUCAUUUAUUUAUUUAUUCAGUCAUUCGUUUAUUCAGUUUCGUUUAUUCAGUCAUUCAUUCAGUCAUUCGUUUAUUCAGUCAUUCGUUUAUUCAGUCAUUCGUUUAUUCAGUCAUUCGUUUAUUCAGUCAUUCGUUUAUUCAGUCAUUCGUUUAUUCAGUCAUUUUUAUUCAGUCAUUCGUUUAUUCAGUCAUUCGUUUAUUCAGUCAUUUUUAUUUCAUUCAUUCAGUCAUUCGUUUAUUUCAUUCGUUUAUUCAGUCAUUCGUUUAUUUCAUUUUUAUUCAUUCAUUCAGUCAUUCGUUUAUUUAUUUUUAUUCAGUCAUUUUUAUUUCAUUCGUUUAUUCAGUCAUUCGUUUAUUCAGUCAUUCAUUCAGUCAUUCGUUUAUUCAGUCAUUUUUUUCAGUCAUUCGUUUAUUCAGUCAUUUUUAUUUCAUUCGUUUAUUCAGUCAUUCGUUUAUUCAGUCAUUUUUAUUCAGUCAUUCGUUUAUUCAGUCAUUCGUUUAUUCAGUCAUUCGUUUAUUCAGUUUCGUUUAUUCAGUCAUUCGUUUAUUCAUUUCGUUUAUUCAGUCAUUCGUUUAUUCAGUCAUUCGUUUAUUCAGUCAUUCGUUUAUUCAGUCAUUCGUUUAUUCAGUCAUUCGUUUAUUCAGUCAUUCGUUUAUUCAGUCAUUCGUUUAUUCAGUCAUUCGUUUAUUCAGUCAUUCGUUUAUUCAGUCAUUCGUUUAUUCAGUCAUUUUUAUUCAGUCAUUCGUUUAUUCAGUCAUUCGUUUAUUCAGUCAUUCGUUUAUUCAGUCAUUCGUUUAUUCAGUCAUUCGUUUAUUCAGUCAUUCGUUUAUUCAGUGAUUCGUUUAUUCAGUCAUUCGUUUAUUCAGUCAUUCGUUUAUUCAGUCAUUCGUUUAUUCAGUCAUUCGUUUAUUCAGUCAUUCGUUUAUUCAGUCAUUCGUUUAUUCAGUCAUUCGUUUAUUCAGUUUCGUUUAUUCAGUCAUUCGUUUAUUCAGUCAUUCGUUUAUUCAGUCAUUCGUUUAUUCAGUCAUUCGUUUAUUCAUCAUUCGUUUAUUCAGUCAUUCGUUUAUUCAGUCAUUCGUUUAUUCAGUCAUUCGUUUAUUCAGUCAUUCGUUUAUUCAGUCAUUCGUUUAUUCAGUCAUUCGUUUAUUCAGUCAUUCGUUUAUUCAGUCAUUCGUUUAUUCUCAUUCGUUUAUUCAGUCAUUCGUUUAUUCAGUCAUUCGUUUAUUCAGUCAUUCGUUUAUUCAGUCAUUCGUUUAUUCAGUCAUUCGUUUAUUCAGUCAUUCGUUUAUUCAGUCAUUCGUUUAUUCAGUCAUUCGUUUAUUCAGUCAUUCGUUUAUUCAGUCAAAAAUUCGUUUAUUCAGUCAUUCGUUUAUUCAGUCAUUCGUUUAUUCAGUCAGUCAUAGUCUAA